AAAUAGGGCAGCGUUCUACAUGGGCUUGGACUUGUGGAGACGGCGUGGAAUGGGUUGGUGCUCUCCCUCUGGUCCGAAGCAGGCAGCCACGACGCUCAUCUGCUUCCUGACCGGCGUGGCGCUGUUCGUCACCGGCGCCCACCUCUCCUACGUCCACAUCGCCCCCCAGCAAGCUCGCACCCGCGCCCGCGACGAAUUGGUCCUCGAUUACCUCCGCAAGAAGCACGACGGUGGCAAAUAAUAACAGCAGCUUCCAGGCCGCCUCUGCGCUCAUCGAUGGCUUUGGUUCCAGCUUCGACCUCGGUGGAGUCUCCCGUGAUCGCGGAGGUGGACAUGGGUGGCGGCUCCGAUCCGUCCUCCGUCACCGUCCGGGCCACCGUCGUGCAGGCCUCCACCGUCUUCUACGACACCCCCGCAACCCUCGAUAAAGCAGAGAGACUAAUCGCAGAGGCUGCUGCAUAUGGAUCACAAUUAGUCGUGUUCCCAGAAGCAUUUAUUGGUGGCUAUCCCCGUGGCUCUACCUUUGGUGUCACCAUAGGUAG